AUGUGCAAAUCACAGACCCGGACCUACAGAUGCGGCUGCAUGUCCCGACAUAGACUCAGCAGCUGCCGCAACAAGACGGGUCAAUGCCAGGGGAGCUCGUACGAUGAUAUCGCCAUCAAUUCCAAAGAGAUGUGCGACAUAUGCUUGAAGGGAGACGUCAUGAAAACGUUGUUCAAGGAACGUUCUCACGCACGACAAGAUGCCUUGAGACGCGGAGAGCCUACGGUGGCUGUGUAUGAGCGGUUUGGUCGGGCGAGGAUGGCUAUUCAAGCGGCUGUACCUCGUGAUGAGCCGUGGGAUGGAAAGCCGUUAUCACGGCCGGAGAGGAAGUGGCAGCCGCCGAGAUCGAGUCCGCUGAAAAAAGAACUCCACAUGGAGGGUGAGGAGGAAGUGAAGGACGCGAUGAAUGCCGAGCUAUUGGCGCGUUCGAAAGCGGCAGUCGAACCUACAGCCGCUGUGUCGGAGACGGACCAGGAGGAGCUCAUGCAAGUGGACGGAUAG